AUGACCCAUCACUCAACAGUCUUGUGUUUUCCUUCUCUAGUUGCCCUUGCCCAGCAAGUGACGGUCCGCCAUGAGGUCACCGGGUACCUGGGGAAGAGAGUGGUUCUGCCCUGCAACAUUGCGGUAACUGGACCUGACAUGAAAGUCAGCCAAGUGACCUGGGUGAAGGAGGUCGGAGGCCGGAGGCAGAAUGUGGCCGUCCACCAUCCAGUGCAUGGACAAAACUACCCGAUGGAGAAGAACAGCAGGCGGAUCAGCUUCUCCACACAGUCCUUGACGGACGCCUCGCUGAUCAUUGAACACCUCCUCAUGACGGACGAGGGCACCUACUCCUGCGAGUUUGCCACCUAUCCCAACGGCAACGAAGUCGGCACCACCAACCUGAUCAUCUUAGCCAAGCCCACCAGUAGUGCUGAGCCCGUGGAGGUCAAAUCCAGCAACCUGGAGCAGCCCGUGGCCGUGUGCACAUCCAGAAACGGGAAGCCGCCGGCUCGCGUCAUCUGGCAGUCGAAGCUGACUGGCAACUCUAGCGUCAAGCAGACGAAUAACUCCGACGGCACCGUCACCGUCACCAGCCACUACAACCUGAUCCCCACCAAGGAAGCCAACGAGCAGCAGAUCACCUGCCUCGUGGAACACGUGGCCCUGCCACAGAUCGAGUCCUACCCAGUCCAACUUUCCAUAUUGUAUGCUCCUGAAGUUUCCAUAGAGGGCUACGACGAUAACUGGUAUUUGACCCGCAAUGAUGUCAUCCUCGUUUGCAACGCGAAGGGGAAUCCCGCCCCGGUAGAUUUCUCCUGGAGCACGUCCAAUGGGUCACUUCCGAAGUCGGUAGAGGUUCAGGGUCAGCGCCUCUUCGUGAAAAAAGUGGAUUACUCUGUGAAUACCACCUUCAUCUGCCAAGCCACCAAUCGCGUCGGGCGGGUUUCGACACACCAAAUCAUCCUCGUCCGAGAAAAGCCCAGCGAGGUUGGCACAGCCACCACAGGGGGCAUCAUCGGAGGCCUGAUAGCCACCAUCGUGGCCCUGGCGGUGGUGGCCACCGGAAUCCUCAUCUGUCGGCAGCAGCAAAAGAACCGGAUGGAUCCCGAGGAGGACGAUUUGGAAGGACCCCCAGCGUACAAGCCGCCCCCUCCUUGCCAACUGUCGGAGGAAACAGAGCCGGUUGACAACGCCUCUGGAGCUGAAAGCCUCCCAUUCAAAGCUCCUUACUAUGAACCCAACGUCACGGACAAUCUCUUUGGAGGGGUCGGUACCACCGCGAAAGAGGAGGUGCCGCGAUACCACGAGCUACCAACGCUGGAGGAACGAGAGGCGGCAAGCGAGGCCGGCCCCAGUCUGGAAGACGAAUAUUUAGACCAGGUCAACCCCAUCUAUGACGCCCUCUCCUUUACGGCCGCGGAGGACGACGAGGCUUUGCGCUCUCUGCCCACCGAUAAGGCCUUCGUGAUGUCCAGAGCCAUGUACGUCUAAAUCUACCGGCUAAUCUCAACGGCCACAGUCCAAAAAAAACAAACAAAUCCGGGAUGCUGCUAAAAAGAUACCCCGUGUCGGUCCUGGAGAGAAGCGUUUUCUUUCUCCAUCUCCCGGACCUUCCAGUUUUCACACAGGCCUUAGGUGGGCAAGACCCUCUCUUGCUCAGAAGGCUUUCACUGUGCCUUCCACGCCAAUCCAGCCAGAAGCAGUAUUUCUUCCAGUAGUUUUGACCAAUCUGUGCUCUUGACUUCUUAAGACUUUUCAGUUCUGGAUCUUUCCUCCAAGGGCUCCAGGCCUGAGAUCUAGUAGAUCUUCCAAACCAACCUGUGCUGCUUCUGAACACACACACACACACACACACACACACACACACACACACGCGGCAAGGAUGUUGCCAUCCGGGGAAUGUAGUUGAAUGCUUGGGGAAUCUGUUUACAAUGAGGUGGAAGCGCUCUAGACACCCGGUCGUACUGUGGGGGCUGCAACCUGUAAGUGCCUUGCACUUUCACCUCAAUGGGGUGGGGGAGUGUCCUCCCAUCUUCCUCAGAUUUUAUCCCGUACCGCGAGGCUGCGGGGAAUCUUGUUAAAAAGAUUCACAGGAGCCAGCCUAAUCUAAUCCUGGACUCCGAUGCUCUGAAUUGCAGGGUUGAGCAAAGCGUUUUUAAAAACUGCAGUGACGGGCAUCAUGGGGUUUAUUUUUUUGCCCAAAAUCUGCUCGAUUAAGCCUUAUUCUGGAACCCUUCAAAAAAAACAUUAAAAAAAAAAAGUCAUAUGCAGAGAGGUUAUACCUGAGACCAGGUAUAAAGACUGGGACUUUCCAGCGUCAAGCUGACCAUGCAUGGAGAAUUUCCCCCCAAAAAGGGAAACAGAUGCAUGAUGGGGAAUUCUGAAAUGAAUCAUGCAGAAAUAGUUUUGUAAGACUUCUUAUAAAUCCUGCCCCUAAUUCCACUGCAUUGCAUGGAGAAGUUCUGUUGGAAGUAGGCUAACAGCACAAUUAAACUCGGCUAGGAAAAGGCUUAUCCUACAGAUGCAGCUUUGAAAAAAACAAACACCAGCAUAUACACUCCCCAAAUCGUUGUGAAUUAACCAGUUUGUAAGGUCGCCUGUGUAUUGCACAAAGAAGGCCAAAAUAUAUAUAUAUAUAUCACAGGAUUUAUACGCUGACACUUGUGUGGCACUCAGUUUGACCUGAAUGCUCCCGCACUGAGGUUUCCAAUCCAGGGGGCACAGCCUUCCAAAUUUCUAAAUGGGGAGCUUGCUCCGUUUAGUAAAAACCGGUGUGCCAAACUGUUCCUGCUUUUUUUUUUUUAGCAUUCUGACACAGGCUCCAGCUGUUAUUUGAAUUGUGAUUUUUGCAUCCCCAGAUCUUCGGUUCUGCUUCCGUUAAUACUCUAAUCCUUUGGGGCUCCUGACCUGAAAAUGUGAAAGGGUGUGGUGUGUGUUUUUUUUCCCGAUCGCCGUUCUUGAGUUGGAUGUUUUUAAAACUACAUUUUAAAUAAAUGAGGGUUUUUUUUUUUUAAAUGAGUUAAUUUAGCAUUCCGAGGCAGUCUUUCUUACGCUCUGCCGCUGCUGCUCUGUUUUUUUUUUUAGAUGCGGGUACCAAUUGCCACUGUGGGAUUUUUUAAUUGUGUUUAUCAUUUUGUUGUCAUACCUGUUGCUCACCUAAUCCUGCUAACAAGACCUGAAUCUCAGGGGCAAUGGAGGGGGGGACAAUUGUCACACACAAUUGUCACACACAAGCACACUAUACCUGAUCCCCCCCCCUCCUGCUAUCUUUUAUGUGCCUCAAUCUGACACUUUUGAGGGGGUUGAAUUUCAGCCAGGACACUAGAGGGAAAUUUUUAUACUCCGGAUAGAUGUUUGUUAAAAAAUAAAUAAAUACAAUUUUCCAAAUC